CCGAGCCACCCGUCCGGCCACCGAGCAACCGCUGGGGCGGCCCAUCAGUUCGCUUCUCCUCUUUCAUCCUUCUUCGUGUCGUCUUCAUCCUCACAACUCUUUGCAUCCCAUCUACUUGGUCGGCACGCGUCAAGUCGUGCACCUCCCGACCUUUACCGUCACUCUUGGCCCCCCUCAUCCUUCUUCAUUCGCAUCGGACGCGUUUUUCCCCGCCCCCCAACCCUUCCUAUCCGCCUCCCUCCGGCUCUCCUCCCCGCUGAGAUAUCCUCGUUGUAACGAUCGCAUCCAUCGCGCCCUCGACGUUCAUUCACAAACAUGGGCCAAACUCUCUCUGAGCCAGUGACGGAGAAGCACACGACCGUCGUGUUGCGGGAGAAGCAGUUCUGGGUCGGGCUAUCCGACAUGCAGGGCUGGCGGAUAAGCAUGGAGGACUCGCACUCGGUGCAUCUCUAUCUUCCCCCCGGUGGCUCCGAUGCCCCUCCUGCUGAAGGCAUAGUCGAGCAGCCGCAGGGGUCGACUGUAACCAACGAUGGCAAGGAGGAGAAAGGUCCCGCCCUAUUCGCAGUGUUUGAUGGCCAUGGCGGCUCGACGGUCGCCAAGUUUUCUGGCACUACGCUCCACGCCCGUCUUGCCAACCUUGACGCAUACAAGGCCGGCGACUAUGAGACGGCUUUGAAGCAGGUCUUCCUUAAGACUGACGAGGACCUUCGCGCCGACCCCACCUUCUUCAACGACCCCUCGGGUUGCACAGCAGUCGUUGGCCUCGUCACUCCCGAUGGCCGCAUCUUUGUUGCCAACGCUGGCGACUCGCGUUCGGUGCUUGGGUACAAGGGCGAAGCUAAGGCCAUGUCUUACGAUCAUAAGCCAACCAACAAGGAGGAGACUGCACGUAUCACUGCGGCUGGAGGCUUCGUCGAGUUUGGACGUGUCAAUGGCAACCUCGCCCUCUCGCGUGCCAUCGGUGACUUUGAGUUCAAGCAAAACUUUACCUUGCAACCCGAGCAACAGAUUGUGACUGCGGACCCCGAGAUUCUGAUGCACACACUGGAUGGCGAGGAGGAGUUCCUCGUGCUCGCAUGUGACGGUAUCUGGGACUGUCUGUCUUCGCAGCAAGUGAUCGACUUCGUUCGUCGCGCCGUGGCUAAUGGCGACAAUUUGGGCAAGAUUUGCGAGGACCUGAUGGUCAAGUGUCUUGCAACUGACUCGGAGACGGGCGGCAUCGGUUGUGACAACAUGACAGUCGUCAUUGUUGCUUUGCUCGGCGGCCGCACCGCCGAGGAGUGGCAGGCUUGGGUCAAGGAGCGCGUGGACAAUAAGGUCGGCCGUGACACCCCAGAGUCGAUUCCCGACAUCUUUGGUCAGGCGCCGGCAUCUUCGGGUGGCUUCUCUGGCGGUGGCUUCCGAAUUGCUGGCGCUGGGGGCCUCGUCCAUAUCGCGAGCAUUCUGGGCGCAUCUGGCAUUUCCUUCAGGACAGGCGACGACGACGAUGACGACGAAAUGCACGCCGUCAAUGACGGCCAUGCCAGCCUUAACGUGAUCGACACAGAGGGCGGUGCCAAAAUCCAGGCAGUUGACGAGGACGGUGACGCGCACAUCGACUCAGAGGACUCGGACGCCACCGCAAAUGCUGGCGAUGCUCCUGCGGCCCGCCAGACUCCAGCAUUCUCGUCCAUCGGCUCUCCCACCGUGCCAACGCCCAAGUCUCUCCAGGUUGGGGGCCCUGGGUCCGGUGAGGAGGCUGACAAGGAGUCCAAGUGAGGUUUAGUGAUUUCUUAGAUGGCGCUAGUAAUCACCCGACAUCUUGUCUCCCCAAUGCAAUUGCACGAGACAGCUACUUUUUGUGUGACCCGAUACCCGAACAGUUUACAAUGCAAGCUCAUGUAUGGUUG